AUGCGCUUCUCUAUCAUAGUUUCCGAGGUCAUCGCCUUCCUCUCGGUGGCGGUCUUUGCUGCCCCGAAUGAGAUUACUCCCAGGGAGAAUCCCGUUGCUAUUCCAGCCAAGCUCAUUCCCGAGUCAAUCGUCAACGCCACCGCCUUGGGUGUUGAUGUUUGGGGUCCAGUCCCUGACGAUGCUACAAAAGGUAACGGUUUCUACACCGCUACGCCAGGAACCCUCGGCUGGGCCUGGAUUCGUGCCCAGCAAGACCUCGGUUCAUAUGAGGACCUGCUUGAGUCUAGGGGGCUGCUGCCGUCCGCUGCCGUUGAAAAGCGCCAAACCACAAGCAUCACGGUGAACGCAUAUUCGGGGGAUUGGUGCACCGGCAGCGCCUGGCACUUCACAAACCCAGCAUACAACGUCCGCGUGCUUCCCUCCGAGAAUUCUUUCUGGUACAGCUUCGGUUUCUCAUACCGCACGCUUCGGGCCAACGAAAAUGUCCAGCUGAGACGCGGCCCGUACAAUGGUGACAGAUGCCAGACGUGGCAUGGAACUAUCAACGGCCCCACCCAAGCCGGUAUAUGCUGGCAGAUUGCAUCCACCACCUGCUUCGAGAUGAAGCAGACUUGA